GGAACCUAAAGGGCGGAAACUGUUUCUAGUGUAACUCUGCGUGGGACACUCGGCGGAAGUAAACAACAAGGUGCUAGCGGCGUUAGCUUCCAGGCUUCCGUCUGUCUACCGUCGGAUAGAAGACGGUUUUUUCUGUGUGAGCUGAAUAUUUCAGUGUCUGCAGUAACAAUAUCUUCGGUUCAGCAUCAGAGGGAAUCCAUCAUUUAUCGACUGACUGCUGCUGGUGGAGAAAUAUUCAGCAGCGUCGUCCUUUAGGAGGAAGAGAUCGAUAAUCGGCUCAGACUGCUGGAAAACCCAAAUCAUCUCAGAACCUGCCGGCGUCGGCAGAGAUGAAUGGCUGAAUACUGAAGAGGAAACUCAGGCCGUACAAACCUCCAGGUCCGUUUCUGACUUGGAAGAGUGGAACUCUAUGACCAGAGAUGAAAGAGGAAUCAGAACCACAGCAGAUAACUGAGGCAAAAGAGGAACCAGAACCUCAUUCAAUCAAAGAAGAACAGUAUGAACUAUGGAUCUUUGAAAAUGAAGGGGAGCUUUUAAUGAAGCAGGAAACCAACAACUCUAUGAUUCCUGUAACUCCUGCUGAUGACGAAAUAUUCCACAAUGGACCAGAACUGCAGCAGGCGAUGGAGACAAAAGAAGAACUGGACCCUGUACUAAUUAAAGAAGAACCAGAAUCUAUACAGAUUAAAGAACAGGAAGAACCAGAACUUGUACAUAUUAAAGUGGAACCAGAACUCAGUCCAAUUAAAGUGGAACAUGAGGAUCUAGACAGCGAACAGGAUGAAAAGCAGCUUGUAGUGAAGCAGGAACCUGAAACAUGUAUGGUUUCUCCUACCUAUAACCAACAAGAUAACAACGAACCAGAACCAAACAAGGACCAACUCCUAUUUGUGAACAACCCUGAAGAUUGCCAACAUCAGCCAGAAAGCAACCAGAAAGACUCAGGAUCAAGUGGAGAUAAAGAUCCACAGCCAGAGACUGAAAACCACCGGGACAAUGUGGACGAAUCAGAACCAACUGGUUUUAAAACUAAUUUGAUUUCAUGUAAGGUAUGCGGCAGAAGUUUUGGUAGGUACAGGUACUUGGUGUCUCACAUGAGAAUUCACACAAACAAGAAGCCAUUUUUAUGUCUGACUUGUGGGAAAGGUUUCAUCAGGCAACCUGACCUAAAAGUUCACAUGACACACCACACAGGGGAGAAGCCUUUCCAGUGUCUGACUUGUGGUAAAGCUUUUCCUAGGCAACCUGACCUAACUGUCCACGUUAGAACCCACACAGGUGAGAAGCCUUUCCAGUGUCUGGUUUGUGGUAAAGGUUUUAUCCAAAAAACCACCAUGUUGUGUCACAUGAGAACGCACACAGGUGAGAAACCUUUCCAGUGUCUCGACUGUGGUAAAGGUUUUAUCCAAAAAACUACCUUGAGGUAUCACAUGAGAACACACACAGGUGAGAAACCUUUUUCUUGUGAAUUGUGUGAUAAAUCUUUCCGACAGAGAAGUGAUUUGGCUUGUCACAUGAAAACUCACACAGAUGAGAAACCACAUUGUUGUGAAAAGUGUGGUAAGUCUUUUAGAAAGCGCAGCGAUUUAGCCAACCACACAUUAUCUCACACUGGGGAGAUGCCUUUCCCCUGUCUUACUUGUGGAAAAGGUUUUAAACAACAAUAUAAAUUGACUAUGCACAUGAAAGUUCACACGGGAGAUAAACCAUACAAUUGCGAAUUGUGUGAUAAAUCUUUCCGACAACGUAGUGAUUUGACCCGUCAUCUAAAAACUCACAAGCGUGUGAAGUUGUCGUCUUGUACAGUGUGUGGUAAAUUACUAAGUGAGUUCAGUAGUAUGCCUCGACACAUGAAAACUCACACUGGGGAGAAGGCGUAUCUCUGUGAAGUGUGUGAUAAAUCUUUCAUACAGAAAAGUGAUUUGGUUCGUCACAUGCGAACACACAGGUGAGAAUGAGAAUCAUUUGCUGACAGAUUAUAACAUUUCAGACAUGGAUCCUAUUGCUCCCAUUAUAGUUCUGACUAGAAAUGAGUGAGAGAAGCUGUGAAAGUAAAUGGCAUGAAACUCAACUCAGUUAAGAUCGUCUUGCUGUGAUGGGGUUAGGGUUAGGGUUAGGGUUAGGGUUGUUUCCCCCAGGCUUUAAAAACAACAGUUUCUUUGAAUCAAGGCUAAAUACUGACUUACAUAAAGUUAUCUAUGAUUAAGAACAACUGAAACAUUCAUCAAUGUAUUUGAUGUAUAUUUGCUUUAUUUUGAUGAUGGCAUUUAACAAAAUGUAGUUUAUUGCUUGUUUCAUAAUUGGUUAUGGUGUUUUUAUCAUAUAAAGAACUACAACCCUCCAUAUGCACUAUUGCUGAAAUUUGCUAUUCAGAAGACAAGAUUAAUUAAUAAAGUGUCAGUUGGGUACCUAGAUGUCUUUUCAUGGACUUGCCCAAUUUUCCGGUCUUUUUGACUUUAUGGUAUAAAACUGAUACUGGCUGAAUUAAUACAGUUUUGUCUCCUGAACUUUGGAACCUUUGUGUGAGCAUGAACUGUUCAUAUUUCAAUAAAUAAAUAAAUGAUCUGGAAAAGA